CAAUAAGCAUGAACAACUAAAAUGCUUAUUCAUUCCUUGUCAGCAUAACAUGAAUCAGCAGCUAUUAACUGCUGUAGGCAUUCAUCUGUACAAUAACUUUAUUUCCUUAAAAGGAGAGGUAGCUGGGUGCAAGGACAUAGAUAUAAAACUGUAGAAAAAAGACUUUGCAGUGUAUUUUGGAGAAAUGGUCUCUUAUCCAGACUGAUUUUAAUGGUAGUAAAUGAUAGUUGUCCCGUUGUACUUUAUAUCUGUGGAUGACGGAAUUUUUUUUGUAGGAUGAAGUAGAUGUCCACCUUAAGGGAACUGACCAAGACAAGUGAUCUACUGGAAUUUGCUCAACAGAUCAGCAUAGAAGUCAGGAAUAGCACCCAGAGUAUGCGAUACAGAACCCUUUCCAGGACUGUGUAAUUGUCUGAAUUUUUAGAGACAUACUUAAUCAUCAAGCAUUUCUCUUGCCCUAUGACAAGUGUAUGGAGAUUGGAAGAACAGAAGCAUGCUUUCCGCUGAGUCUUACACUACCGUUUGUGAUACAGAAUGUCUCUAAGUGAGAAGAAUAGUGUGGUUUUUGCAUAUGAAUCUUCAGUACACAGCACCAACGUACUUCUCAGUCUUGAUGAUCAGAGAAAGCAAGAUAUUCUUUGUGAUGUUACUAUUUUAGUGGAAGAUCAGCGAUUUCGGGCUCACAAAGCUGUGCUUGCAGCUUGCAGCAGUUACUUCCUUUCAAGAAUUGUGGGCCAGGUGGAUACUGAUCUUAUCAUCACUUUACCGGAAGAGGUAACACUGAAAGGAUUUAGUCCUUUGCUUCAGUUUGCAUACACAGCUAAACUUAUUUUAAACAAAGACAAUGUUUCUGAAGUUUGCAAAUGUGCUGAAUUUUUGGGUGUACACAACAUUGAAGAGUCUUGCUUUCAGUUUCUCAAAUUCAAAUUUUUGGACUUUAAAUCAGAUCAGCAGGAAUGUCCUAGGAAGAAGUGUUGCACACCGCAUUGUCGGAAAACAAACCCUAAAAUUGGCAGCGUGGAUGAUGGAGACCUGGAAAUAGAUGAUGAAGCAGAAGAACUUUUAGAAAAGGAAUAUAUUCAAACUCCUGACACAAAGCUUGGUAAAGAUGAAGAAAAUUCUAAAUCAUUGCCUGCUCUCGAAGAUAAUGCCAGUCAAACAUGUGAUCCUGUACACUCAGAAAAGGGUAAUACUUCCAGUUUAUCUUCCCAAUGCCCAAAGUAUAGGAAAUUCCAGAAAGCUUUUGGAAAUGACAAAGUUCAUACUUCAGAGUCAAGUCCCAGUAUUAAAGACAUUCAGGCUGCACCAAGUGCAACUUUUCUUGAGAAGGAAAUACCUGAUAAUGAUGGGAUACAAAAAGCUCAGGAGUGUGUACCUAUGCAGCUGGUCUCAAAAUGUGAGGAGACUCAGGUAAAAAUGGAAGAAGGGGAGGAGAGCACUGAGAAAAAGGAAGAGGCAAGGAGAGAUUCUGUGGCUCAGAAUGUGUCCUGUCCUGUGGAGAAAAUGGAUGUUGCUGAUUUCCCCCAAAGCCAUGCCACACCUCAUGGACUCAAUUCUGUGUCUUUUUUACGUAACUGUGAGCAAUAUGGUAACUUCAAUUUUGGUAGUAUGCAAAAUAACACAGUCUCAGCUGAAAAAACUGUAUCAGGUACUGGAGUUGGGAAUGACAAAAUUGCAAGUAGAGAUGACACACCUUCGAGUAGCAAUUUGUGCACCAGGGAAGCCACUAACAUUACAUCAGCUGGUGAUCGAAGCAGUGUGGAGAGAGAGAUAGCAGAACAUCUAGCUCAAGGGUUCUGGAGUGAUAUUUACAGCACAGAAGCCUGUCAAAUACAUUUACCACCUGCAGUUUCAAAAGAGCCAGUAUAUUCAGGGAAAAAAUCAGAGUGUCCGUGGCUGGGUAUCAGGAUCAGUGAAAGCCCUGAACCUUCCUCUCAACGAACUUUUGCAACAUUGAAUUCCGUCAGUUGCCCCUUUAUAAGCAACCUUAGUACUGGAGGAUGCUCCAACAACUCUGAAGUAAGCAGUGGAGAUUAUGUUCAGGGACAACAACAAGAACAGUGUUCCUACAAUUAUGUGAUGAGUUUAGGAGAGGAUUCGGAAACUGACACCGAGGGAGACAGUGAAUCCUGUUCAGCAAGAGAACAAGAGUGUGAGGUAAAACUGCCAUUUAAUGCACAAAGGAUUAUCUCACUUUCCAGAAAUGACUUCCAGUCAUUUCUGAAAAUGCAUAAAUUAACUCCUGAACAAUUGGACUGUAUUCAUGAUAUACGAAGACGAAGUAAGAACAGAAUUGCAGCACAGCGAUGUCGUAAGAGAAAACUUGACUGCAUACAAAAUCUUGAAUCUGAAAUUGAAAAACUGCAAAAUGAGAAGGAGAACUUGCUGAAGGAAAGAAACCACAUUUUGUCAACUCUGGGUGAGACAAAGCAGAAUCUCACUGGACUUUGCCAGCAGGUGUGUAAGGAAGCAGCCUUGAGUCACGAGCAAAUACAAAUACUUGCAAAAUAUUCUUCCUCAGAUUGUCCUCUUUCAUUUUUGUUCCCGGAGAGAGAACGAACAGCUCCAUCUGAUAGUGAGCUUGCGAUACCAGCAUGUACAGAAUUAACAGAUGGUCUUUCAGGUGUUGCACCUACAAAUGAGCAGAGUUCUUGUUAUCAGUGCGUGAAAAGCGUGUGUGAUGCAACAUACAAUCAAGUACAAGAACUGCAUCCAGUUCCUGUAAGAACACUGGAGAAAACUUCACUUGUAGAACAGUGUGGGCAGAGUGGUGGUAUCACAGACUUCUGUCAGCAAAUGACUGACAAAUGCACUACAGAUGAGUGAAUCAGUUCUCUCCCUAUUGCCAGCCUCUCAACAUUACAACUAAAAAUGGGAUUGAGCAUUACUGCAAAGUAACUUAAGUGAAAGAAAAGAUGAAACUUUUGUGUUUUGAAACUACAUUGACAAGUACAUGGUCAUUCUAUUACUUGGCAAGCUUUGGAUUUGCUCUGUGUAGUUCUAGAGUGUAAAUUGUGUGUGUCAGCCUUGGAGCUUUUUCUGUGUGGUGAGGCCAAGGAGAGUUUAGGAAAGCUGUUGGAACAGGUAAACUCUGUGCACAGAUGUUUAUUUGUGAGGAAGCUUUCAUUCAGGUAAAGAGCAGCCUUUGCUCUGAUUUAUGCCACAGUACCUAAUGCCACUCUGCAUCUCAAGAAAAGCCUCCCGAUAUGUGUUUAUGCACAAUGACUUCUAUACUUGGAAUUCUUAAUUCUUUAAGAUUUCUUUUUUCCCCGGUAGCCAAACUUUUAAGAAGUGCGUAUAGCUCUGAAAAUGUUUAUUUUAUACAUGGGUUAAAUAACAUGACAGUAUGGGGAGAUUCUGGCAGGUGCACUCUGGAACCAGCUUGUUGCUUCCUGCUGUUCCCAUCCCUGUACCAGAGCCAGCUUUUAUUGAAUAUAUGCCUUUGUCUUAGCUCUCCAGUAUGUAGUUAAGACAGUUCAACUCAAACAGCAGAGGUGCUGCAGCAUAUUGCUCUCUUCCCUAAAUUAUGUGGCAGGAACAACAGCAUACUGGGAAAGGCACAAGUUUGAAACUGAUGCAAGUCUUAGACUAGUGUGCAUUGGAUCCUCUGGCAUCUGAAUCCCAUAUGCUUGUUAAAAUCCAUUGCUGUCUUGUGAAUUAACUGUCCUAGCACUUUAAAGCCUGCUGCUGUUUGUGAUAAGUUGGAAUCAAAGUAUUGUGAAAGUUUAAGGACAGAUUUUUUAAUUUUUGGGGGGGUAUUCAGGCAUCAAAUUCCUGGGCUUCAGUGCCUGAUUACCUAAAAUGAUGGGCAAAUGUAUUUGUUCUCUGAUCACUGGGACCAUUAAUGAAAUUUUAGUUUUCAGGAUACUUUUAUGGCUAAGCCUAGUACAUUUUCAAUGGCUUGUGCUGUAAGUAUAAACAUACAGAAAGUAUAAUAAGGAACUGAGAUGGAGGGAUUUCCUUUAUUUACUUUGCAAAGGAGAAAUUCAGCCACUAAAAAUUAUCCCCAUUUUUUUAAAUUUUUACAUGGUAGUUUAUGCAUAUUGUGUACUAAUGAUGCGUUGUUAUUUAGAUACUAUUCUCACACCAGAACUAAGUAUUGAACCUCACCACAGAAAAGUUUUGGUUUUGCUGGUUUACAAAACAUGAAGAAUCUUGUACAAGCCAGUGGAAUUCUUCAUUUCCUACCUCAGAAUGUAUAUUAGCUUUUUGUGUCUUUAAUGUGCGUGUACAGUGGGCAGUGACUAAGCAAAGGACUAUUGUAAAUACUGCUUUGAAGUUUUAUCUUGGAGUGAGGCAAAAUUUGUUCUUGACAAGGCUCUUUUUUUUUUUCCUUCCCCCCUUCCUCCCUUUGGUAACAUAGCAUUAAUAACUAUAUUAAGACUAUUAAGCCACUUAUUUAAAACAAAAAUGAAAAAUUUGAGAGAUUUCAGCAGUACUUCUUAUAACCAGCGCGUAAUUCAAGUGACUACACUACCUCACCAAUGGGUUUGAAAGUUUAUUUAAAUCUCUAGCAAAAUCCUUGGAUUUUCAUCAUAUGUAAUUACUUUUUUAAGGGGAAAUUGUAUGUUAACAGAGAAUAGCUUGUAUAAAUCACAGCCCUUGCAGUAAUGGAAAUUCAGAAAGAAAUACUAUAUGGCAGAUACCAUAAGAGUUCUACAGCUUUGGAUAUAUUUGCAGAGUUGAAAUUCUUUUAAAUUACUAUCAUUUAUGUAUGUUGAUCCUGUAUGUGUAUUACUCAUGAAGCUUUCUGGAUUUUUUUAUCCAGCAUCCAUAUAUGCCUGGCUAAUUUAAUCCUUCCUCCCAUGCUGCCAGCCUGGGCAGUGUUUUGCUCCUAAGGCUCCAUUUUAUUUAAAAAGCAAACCAACAAGAAACAGUGAAAAACAAAUCAGAAGGCCCCAAACCUCUCUACUUUCCAUGCAUAAUACUACUUUUAAAGCUGGUGAUAAUCUGAAAUGACGUGGAUAAUGGCAUUAUAGCAUUGUCCUAAAAGUACACAUACUCUGAAAUGGAAUUCCUUGGGUUCAAUGUUUGUUAUAAAGGGAUGGAGCAUAUAUGUAGAGAAUGACUGGCUGGGAACUUAAACAUAUCCAGUGGUCCAAACCCCCGACACACUUGGCUAUGGGUGUUGGAAAACAAUGUCAGUGAUUACCAAGUUCAGAGGCCAGAAUAUCCACCAAAGAGUUGUGCUCCACUCUUGCAGUCUGGUGAUCAGCCAGGGUCUGAAUUCCACCCAGCAAUCUGUGCAGGACUUCCAGUGCAGAAAUCAUGACUGUCAUUGACAUAUGGUAAAAAUUCAUGUUGUGUUUUUAAACCUAUGAUGAACUUGAUGAAGUUGGAGGGUAGGUUUUUUUCCUAACCAGCUUCAUCUAAAUAAUUUUAAAAAUAUUUAUUUAAUUAAAUAGACCUACAAGUUGCAUGUUGACUUCUAUAGCCUAUAUCAUCAACUUGCAAAAGUUAAGAAUGAAUGACAAUUUUAUGAUACAGAAUUCUCAGGUAAAUGUUUUGGAGUUUUGUUGUGUUUUUUUCAGUAGAGAAAUACUCAAUUUUGAAAUUGUAAAAUACUUUCUUAAAGCAUGUUUUAAAAUACUUUGGACAGACUAUCUUAAAGCCAUAAGAGUAUGAUGGCAUACAGAUUGUAAAAUAAACAGAUAAUUACAACAGUUGAUUUUGUAUCUUUCAUAAUUCAAUAUUUUCUAAGACUACAAUAAAAACCACUAUGCUUUCUACAAAGGCUUUUCUUUUUUGUACAAAUAUUUUGCAGUGAAAGUCUUUCCUGGUGCGUUACUCAAUUCUGUAGUACUGUUAAAAUUUAUGUAAAAACAGUAGCAAAGUAGUAUGUAUAGUUUAUAAGUUCCAGAAUAAUACACACAAAAGCAAGUAUUAGUGAGUUGGAAUCAAUUUCCUGUAAAUUUAUUUGACUUUUUUGUAUUCUGUUAUGUUUGAAUGGAUUUUCUUUUCUGCAAAAAUUUGAUAUUUGUUUCUUUUUUUACUAUUUUAAAAAUUAAAGAAGAGAAGAUGUAAGUGGCUAAUUAAUGGGAUAGAAGAAACUUGGAGGUGAUGAUUUACAUGCAUAGUAUAGGUCAGUGCAUGAGACUGAGGUUUAUCAUAGGGGAAAUGUAAUUAUAUAUAUAUAUUUAUUAAGCUUCUCAAAGCAUCUUUGUAAUCGUAGAUCUGUUGGAUCCUGUCAGAUAAUCAGCAGAACUGCAGAAAAGUUACCCUUGAAAAACUGCACUUACUCCCUCUGUACCUCCUAAACAGUAAACUGUAAUACUGGA